AUGGAUCAACUCAAAGACCUUGUCACCAAACUCGAAAACCGUGUUGCUGAGCUCGAAACCAAGACCGGGCUCACCACUCCGUUGCCUCCUGCGCUCCGCAUGGUCCUCAUUGGGCCUCCUGGUGCUGGUAAGGGUACCCAGGCUCCAAACUUGAAGGAGAAGUAUUGUGCCUGCCACUUGGCCACGGGUGACAUGUUGCGUUCCCAGGUCGCCAAGGGCACCCCUCUGGGUAAGGAGGCCAAGAAGAUCAUGGACCAGGGUGGUUUGGUCAGCGACGAGAUCAUGGUUGGCAUGAUCCAGAGCGAGUUGAAAGGUAACCCAGAGUGCAAGAACGGGUUCAUUCUCGACGGCUUUCCAAGAACGAUUCCACAGGCUGAAAAAUUGGACUCCAUGUUGAAGGACAUGCAGAAGCCAUUGCAGAAGGCCGUUGAGUUGAAGAUUGACGACGAGUUGUUGGUCGCCAGAAUCACAGGUAGAUUGGUUCACCCAGCAUCAGGCAGAUCCUACCACAAGAUCUUCAACCCACCAAAGUCUGACAUGAAAGACGAUGUCACCGGCGAGCCUUUGAUCCAAAGAUCCGACGACAACGUCGACGCCUUGAAGAAGAGAUUAGUAACCUACCACAAACAAACUGAGCCAAUUGUCGACUACUACAAGAAGACUGGCAUCUGGUCUGGCGUCGACGCCUCUCAGAGCCCAAAAACCGUCUGGUCCGACAUCUUAAAGUGUUUAGGUAACUAG